AUGUCGGUGAACGAGAAGCGCCAAUCCCAACAUACACCAACCCCUCCAGCUACGAGCUCCUCGGAGUCGGACCGUCAAGCGCUUGACCUACGCCUACAGCGCCUCUCUGACGAGGUUCUUUCCCCGGUCCCCUAUAUUCUCACGUUCCCGACGAAUGCGCCUUUCCACCUGGGGAACCGAGCUACGGGAAAUUGGGCUGUCGGGCAUGACAGGCCCUUCAGUGUGGAGGAGCAGCAACUUCAGUAUAUGACCUUUCUAAGCCAUCACGACACCGACUCAUUGCUUGUAGCUGUUGGGGACUGGUCGGAUGAAACGGGGCGCAUGAUGGCCGAUCGAUCGACUGACCCAAGCACCACUGAAAGCUCAAGAGAUGCCACCGGAACCAAAAAAAAGAUCAGCCUAAAGGACUACAAGCACCAGAAGACGAGUGGUGCAGUCGCAUCCCCUAUGGGCCCCCAUGUGGGCAGUCGAGGCGCGGCAGACUCAACCAAGUCCGAAGGCCAACAACAGACGACCUCCUCAGAACCCCAUCAGAACAUUCCCAAGACGGAAAGCACACAAAUCCCACCAAAGCCGUCCAUGCGCCGUUCCCCCCCAAAUCGCGCAGGGCAAAAACGUCCACCGGGCUCGGAGCGUGAAUCCCUUAUCCCGCGAGGGACCAAAGACUCCGAGGCACACUCGCCAAAGAAACAACGAUUCUCACCCGAAAAAGACACGCGCCGAGAUCAUAGCCCCUCCAAACUGCCCGCGCUUCUGUCACCCACCCUUCCGCCAACGCCUACUGGCUCUCGACUCCCGCGACUCUUAUCACCAACGUUACCACCGGAUAUCGAAAGGGAACUGGCGAGCCUGGGUGGCGGUGUGUCGCCCCGGAGCAGCAAACCAAAUGUUGCAGAGAAAACAUUACCGACCAAAGACAACAGCCAGUGGGAUAAGCCAAGAGACCACACCCGCGCUGACCAUCCUAAGGUACGACUCGUCACCAAACUGCGUUAUGGAAGGGCGAACAGGAAGCGCGUUGAAGCACUGCUCAAGUUCAAUGGUAAACGGAAAAGCCAUCGUUCAGAUUCUCCGAUCAGCCAGGACACUGAUCGCGACGAGUCGUCUAGGAGGGGAGACGAUGGCGUGCCGUCUCGCAUCGGAGGCGCAAAAAGCAAAAAUCACGAGACGGAAGAACCAAUGGGUGUUCGGGAUAGGCGCGCAAAAGAGCAGAAGAGCAUCACUGAAAAGCCUCGGACACCGAUUCCUCACCCACCCACGCUUCAUUCGGUCGCACACGAGAAAACAAAGACAUCAUCCGCCACCAUGACCAAGGACCCCAAACCACCUCGUCGAAAUGACCCUACAGAGAGUGAGAGCAAAACUCCGUCUCACCCAGCCAAUAAACGCCAUUCAGUUGACCCUGGGUCGACUGCGAGAGCCUCGCCGACGCAGACAGAUAGUCGCGCACGCCACGAGCGUCAGGUCUGGACCGAUGAAUGGCAGAAGUUUACCGGCCUGGGCCGUGAGCUCAAACAUGCGGCUGAACGAUAUACGAAUAAGCAUGGAGCCUCGGCAACUGAUGAGAAGCUUGCCGCAGUGACUGCGAUUGAAGCCUUGUUGUCCUUCAUUCUGGCAUUUGUGGCCCACGACCAGGCCCGGGUGUUGAAACGGCAGGCUGGGGAUUCUUCAACCUGGGUAUCAAUACUGGCGUAUUGGCGUGCGGUCAAGAAGAACACUUCACAGUUCCCGGCCUUGAAUCACGUCUGUCUGCUUCUUGGAGCAGUUUCCCUUGGUGCAAUUCAUGCUCUUGACCUUGAACGUCUUGCGAUGCUGCCAGCCCCUGGGGAGCAUACCCCGAUACCUACACCUACCAGUGACGGCAAUGCCAUUCCGCCAGAUGAGAAGAAAUUCCGGAAAGAUUUCUCGGAUCUGAAGGGCCGGCUGUUGGACAGCUAUAAAGAUUCCCAGCGGCUAUGGUUAGAGGGCACACGGGGCCUUUCUGAAGAUACCUUGGAGCGUGAGUUUCCCACGAGUUGGUCUCAGCGAUCUCGAAACUUCUCCGAACGAGGUCGGCCGUCCCUCCGAGCUGGAGACUAUUCCGGCAGCUACUUCCUACCGUUUAGUAGCCUCACUCCACCAAUUGAAGUCGUGCGGUUCAGCUGGUCCUUCUUGAAGGAGUGGUGCGCAAAGGAGCGUGUAGAGUGGAACGGGCGUCUGGGUCUUUAA